AGCCUGAAGGGAGGAGCUGAGCUAGGGCAGGAGGGUGUCCCGGCUCUCCCUCCGGUUCUCCUGUUCUCCAGCUCCACACCGGCUGCUGACUGCAGCAGAGGGACUGCCGGCUGCCAAGAGUCUGCCCCUACCCCCGGCCAGUGCACUUGCUAGCUAGCUCUUGCUCUCUCUCUCCCGCUCUUACCCACGAGAGACCCAGACUGGCAGAUUCAGCCUUGGAGGUGAAUCCUGAAAGGGGGUCCAGCUGCCUGACUCCUUCCAGAGCCCUCUGCCUGGCAACAGGUGGUGACUUCUGGGGAGUACAAUGGCGGUCCAGCUGCUGCGGCAGACGGUGUAUCUCCUACUGAGUCUGUUCUUCCUGGCUCAAGGUGCCCUCGGUGGCAGUCCCCGAGAAGACUUCCGCUUCUGUGGCCAGCGGAACCAGACACAACGGAGCUGGCUCCGUUACAGCCAAAUUCCGGAGCUGCACAUCUCUGUGCGGAACACGGACGAGGCCCUCACGAUCCACGCCCCCUUCUCUGCAGCCCCUGAGCUCCCUCGCUCAUUCCCAGAGCCCAGAGGGCUCUACCACUUCUGCCUCUACUGGAGCCGCCACACAGGAACGCUCUAUCUGCGCUACGGCAAGACCCCUUACUUGCUGAGUAGCGAAGCCUCCAGCCCCCUCUGCUUCCGGAAACAGGAGCAGAGCUCGGAGCAGGGGGUCCCGUUACUUGCCACCUCCGUCAGCUCCUGGCGGAGCCCCCAGAACACCAGCCUUCCUGGGGCUGCCAUCUUCCGCUUCUCUUUCCACAAUGCCCCGCAGGUCUCCCACAAUGCAUCUGUGGACAUGUGUGAUCUGAAGAAGGAACUGCAGCUGCUCAGCAGUUUCCUGCAGCAUCCUCAGAAGGCCUCCAGGAGGCCCUCAUCAGCGCUCAUCAGCCAGCGGUUACAGAGUCUGGAGUCAAAGCUAACCUCUGUGAGCUUCCUGGGAGAUACUCUAUCCUUUGAGGAGGACCUGAUCAAUGCCACAGUGUGGAAGCUGCCACCCACAGCCGGGCUAGAGGAUCUGCAAAUCCACUCCCAGCAGGAGGAGGGGCAGAGUGAGGUCCAGGGGUACUCGGUGCGGCUGCCGCGGGCCCUCUUCCAGCAGACCAGAGGCCGUCGCAGGGAUGCCGCCAAGAGGCUCCUGGUGGUGGAUUUCAGCAGCCAGGCCUUGUUCCAGGACAAGAAUUCUAGCCAAGUCUUGGGUGAGAAGGUCUUGGGUAUUGUUGUACAGAAUACCAAAGUUAGCAACCUCUCGGAGCCCGUGGUACUCACCUUCCAGCACCAGCCCCAGCCGAAGAAUGUGACUCUGCAGUGUGUGUUCUGGGUUGAAGACCCGACAUCAAGCAACCCUGGGAGCUGGAGCAGUGCGGGCUGUGAGACCGUCCACAGAGACACGCAGACAUCCUGCCUGUGCAGCCAUCUGACCUACUUUGCGGUUUUGAUGGUGUCAUCCACGGAGGUAGAAGCCAUUCACAAGCACUACCUCACGCUCCUGUCCUACGUGGGCUGUGUCAUCUCUGCUCUGGCGUGUGUCUUCACCAUUGCCGCCUACCUCUGCUCCAGGAGGAAGUCACGUGACUACACCAUCAAAGUGCACAUGAACCUUCUGCUGGCUGUCUUCCUGCUGGAUGUGAGCUUCCUGCUCAGUGAGCCUGUGGCACUGGCGGGCUCCGAGGCCGCCUGUCGCACUAGCGCCAUCUUCCUGCACUUCUCCCUGCUUGCCUGCCUCUCCUGGAUGGGCCUUGAGGGCUACAACCUCUACCGACUGGUGGUAGAGGUCUUUGGUACCUACGUUCCUGGCUACCUGCUCAAGCUGAGCAUCGUGGGCUGGGGUUUUCCUGUCUUCCUGGUCGCUCUGGUGGCGCUGGUGGAUGUGAAUAACUACGGCCCCAUCAUCCUGGCCGUGCGCCGGACUCCAGACCGUGUCAUCUACCCCUCUAUGUGCUGGAUCCGGGACUCUCUGGUUAGCUAUGUCACCAACCUGGGCCUCUUCAGCCUGGUGUUCCUUUUCAACCUGGCCAUGCUGGUCACCAUGGUGGUGCAGAUCCUGCGACUUCGCCCACACAACCAGAAGUGGCCCCACGUGCUGACCCUGCUGGGCCUCAGCCUGGUCCUCGGUCUUCCCUGGGCCUUGGUCUUCUUUUCCUUUGCUUCCGGUACCUUCCAGCUUGUCAUCCUCUACCUCUUCAGCAUCAUAACUUCCUUCCAAGGCUUCCUGAUCUUCCUGUGGUACUGGUCCAUGCGGUUCCAGGCCCGAGGCGGUCCCUCCCCUCUGAAGAACAACUCGGACAGUGUCAAACUCCCCAUCAGCUCCGGCAGCACCUCUUCCAGCCGCAUCUAGGCCCCUGCCCCACCUCCCCAUGGGAGGACACACGCAUGGCGCCUGUUCACAUUGUCUGUGGCUCGGUUGUGUGCCCAGCCUUUGUUGGGUAUGGGCAUCGUAGUAGAGAAGGCCCUAGUCCCUGGAGGGAUAGGGCUGUUGUUCUGGUAGGUUGACAUCUAGCUGACCUUGGGGACUACUCUGCUCCCAGAUCUGGUCCUCAAAGCACACUGCCAUGCUGGCUGUGGGGCUGUCCUCACAGCUGUAUCAGGCUGGAGCCUCAGGCCUUGCCUUACUGGUCACCUCUGGGCCCAGCUGUGAGACUCGCAGGCCCAAGCCACGGUUAGGGUUAGAUUUUGGAGUUUGACACAUCCUGAACGGUUGCCCCUGCCUGAGACACAGCUGCCUUGGCUCUUGCCACUCUGUCCCCGUGGUCACCGUGCGGCACUCUGCCUGUCUCUGACUUUUGAUCCUGGGGAUAACGCUGAGGGUGGAUGGGCUGGCUGGGAGAAGCUCUGGAGCCAGAACCCCUCAGGAGACAAACACCUCCUGCUACCUGCCUGUCAGCCCUCUUCCUUCCCCCAAUCCCCUCCUCCUCUGUGGUCCCCUAGCCCUUCACCUGCAGCUCGGGGUCCCAGGUUUAUGCUGUGAUUUGGGGUAGCUGAUGCCUGCUAUAAACUUCUAUCUGCUGUGGGCCUUGGCCUUUCACCACCUCUGGCUCAGGGAAGGUUCUAGGGCUGGAUCAGGCCAACCUGUCUGAGCUUCUCUCCAAGCUGCCUCCCCUUUGCUCACAACUCAGAGGGGCUUCCGCCUCUCCUGAAGCCUCCCUCCAGCAAGAACUGUGGGAAACGGCGCUUUUUUCAACCCAAUAUUCUGAAGACGAAGACAGCCUUCUCUGGUGACAUUGGCAGAGACAUUGAUGUUCUCCUGAGGGGUGAUCUUCAAAUCACUGCAGAUGGGUCUGAAGACACUGGACUGCCUGUCAUGGAUUCUGUCCCACUAACACACUUUGGUCCUGUGCCAGGUGGGAAGAUCUGGCAGUGGCCCUUGGAAACUUCCACAGUGUCCUGGAGCUUUAGUUAUAGGGAUGGGGAACCACUUCUCUUGACUGGGAAUCCAGGAGGACUUCCUGCAGGAGGUAGCAUUUCAUCUUGACCUCAGCCUUCAAAAUGAGGAAAAUAUGCUCUUUUUAAAAAAACUCCAAUUCAUUUGUCUUUUGAUAUUAAAGCUCUGUGUAGAGUUUGGAAACUGUAGGAGAUUGUUGAGAAGAAAAAUAAAAAUUGGCUGUUAUCUGAUGCCAUGGCAAAGCAA